AUGGCGGUGGCGGCCAAUUCUGCAAGGAAAGCCAUCCAACUAACUUCCUCUGUCACCAGAACCGUCUUCUCUCAUCGAUCUUUACAUCCCAUUAAGCUCAGUGGAUUUCCUUCUUCUCCACACAAACACGCCUUCUCGUUUUCCCGGCUUCCGGUGCAGUUGGUUGGUGCACAAUUGUCUUUGACGCCGUUGCAUAGUGCUACUGCCUCUGCUUUGUUCACUUCUCUGCUUUCUUUGCACAAUACUAACUGGGGUUGUCUGUCAGAAGGUGCAUUAUUAAAAAAAUACGACCGUUGUCCCAACGUUCAGAAAAUCUCCAAAUUUCGAAAAGUGAUACAUAUCCCACUUACCGUUACCAACGGCCACUUGCCUCGAGAAGAAAACACACUCACAGCCAACUUCACCACCACGCUCCUCCUUCCUUCAUUCUUUUCUUAA